AUGGAUCGCGAGAAGACCGCCUUCGGGGCAGUCAUCAUCCACGAAGUGUAUCCUGAUGGUGCUGCUGCAAUGGACGGUCGUCUUCGACGGGUGGACCAAAUUCUGGAGGUAAACGGCGAGGAUCUGCGAGAGGCAUGUCACGAAGCAGCCAUUGCUGCUCUACGGCAAACGUCGUCAGUGGUGAGGAUGCUGGUGCUUCGCGAGGAAGAGCCACAGCAAGACAUUCUCACCGUUGAGCUGCACAAAAAGGCUGGACGUGGCCUCGGCCUGAGCAUUGUGGGGCGGCGCAAUGCACCGGGCGUCUUUAUCUCGGAGGUGGUACGUGGUGGAGUAGCACAGCUGGACGGCCGCCUCUGCCAGGGCGACCAAAUUCUGGAGGUAAACGGCCACAGCCUGGCGGGCGCCAGCCAGGAGGAAGCGGCCGCCCUGCUCAAGACCACCAUGGGGCGCAUCUGUUUGCGUGUGGGGCGCCUGCGCCGGGCACCCUCACAGCGCGCCACCCAGGUGCCCGUCUCGCGUUCGGACUCGUGAGUACUCCACCCUUCAUUCUUCUUCUCCUCGCUGACAACUCUGAUCAUGAUUGUUCUUCUCCACUAGCUUCUGUGAUCACUGUGUCACCUUUAUAGCGCCGGCUUCUGU